AAGUGAAGUAAAUAGUCGGAAAAAUACAAAAAUAUGUCGAUCCAAAGCUAAUGCUUUCAGCCGCUUAUAUUCGUCAUGUAUUUUGUACAUAAAUAAACGCACGAACCCCCGGCGAUUUGCUUACUUUCCUAUAUAGUUAUAAUUUGUUCUUGUAUUAGCAUGUUUAGUAAACUUCGGAUUUGGCUAGCAUUAGCUGCGGCGUUAGCGACUUUGCGGUUUUGUUCAGAAACAAUACAUUUUUUUCCCAGAUUAAAUAUUCGGACCACAUUUAUUACCGGCCGGGGUGUCGUGUUAAUGUGUGUUUUAGUUGCGAUUUCGUCUGCCUUUGUUUUUGUGUUUUGUUUUGUUUUUUGGGUAAUUUGAAAAUGUUAGCUUGCUAUUUAAAUCGAAUUGGCGCACAAGUUGCAGUUGCACAACAAUUUAGUUGAGGAAACGCAUGCGGACCGUGCGCCGAAGUUCUGCCACAAAUACGACUGUGUUUUUACGUCUGUAAAGUCCGAUUUAAAUUACCAGCAGGAAGUAGUGACAGUCUUCACGGACCGCUCAGUGGCAGGCGCUCUUUUUUCCUCCCUUGGGAAUUCGAGCCCAGGGGGCUCAGCGGGUUCCACUGACCAUGACUUCGACCCAUCAGCGGACAUGCUUGUCCAUGACUUUGACGAUGAGCGCACAAUGGAAGAGGAGGAAAUGUUGGAGGCAGCUGAUGAGGCCAACGCCAAUGAGAUUGAAGAUCUUGCACGUGAAGGAGAAAUGCCCAUUCACGAGCUCCUGAAUCUUUAUGGUUAUGGGGGCGCUUCGCCAGUAGAUGAGGAUGAAGAGGAGGAUGAAGAACAGGAAGAAGAGGACGAUGAAGAGGAUGAGGAUGAUGAGCUGGACAAUGACGAAAGCAGCAGAGGCACUGGCGAGCUCAAAAGAAACGAGGAUGAAGGCGUAAAGAGCUCGACGGCACAGGAAGACGAGGCCCCGCUGACCACGGAGGUCCGCACACGUUCCGUUCGGGGCCUGGGCACAUCAGAACUUAUUCGUCCACAGAAACACAAGUAUUUUGAAAGUAAUAACGAUGCAGAGGAGGAGUCCGAAGAGGAUGAAGAUUAUGUUCCAUCUGAAGACUGGAAAAAGGAGAUUAUGGUGGGCUCGAUGUAUCAGGCGGAAACCCCCACUGGCUUAUGUAAAUAUAAAGACAACGAAAAAGUUUAUGAAAAUGAUGACCAACUCUUGUGGAACCCCGAGUGUCUACCCGAAAACAAAGUGGUGGCGUUCUUGAACGAGGCAUCAAGACGUACGGGAGAAGAGAAGGGAGUCGACGCCAUCCCUGAAGGAUCCCACAUCAAGGACAAUGAACAGGCAUUAUAUGAACUUGUGAAAUGUGACUUUGACACUGAGGAAGCUUUAAGAAGACUUCGGUUUAAUGUAAAAGCAGCCCGAGAGGAGCUUUCUGUCUGGACUGAAGAGGAAUGUCGAAAUUUUGAACAAGGACUCAAAACCUAUGGGAAAGACUUUCAUUUAAUACAGGCCAACAAGGUGAGAACUCGGUCUGUAGGAGAAUGUGUGGCCUUUUAUUACAUGUGGAAGAAGUCUGAGCGUUAUGAUUUCUUUGCACAGCAAACCAGACUUGGAAAAAGGAAAUACAACCUUCACCCUGGUGUCACAGACUACAUGGACAGGUUAUUGGACGAGACGGAGAGCGUGGCUUCCAGCAGGGCGGCGUCGCCCCCUCCCACCACGUCCAGCAGCAGCGCCAGCCACUCGGAGAGGGAAGACAGCAGCGGUCACAACGGCAUUGCCGGCCACAGUUCCAGUCACGUAGGAGACGGUACUCAUAUUGCCCCAGUGAACCAAGUGAAAGCUGAGCCCGUUCAGUGCAACGGUCCCUCAGGCGAUGGCGCCCUUCCCACCUCAGACUCCAAUGGAUGCAGCCACUCUGGCUCACCCAGUCACGAGCGAAAUGGCUCUCCGGAACCUCCUGCAGACCAAAGAGACACGGCCGUGGCGCAUGACAGGCCGGCCAAGAGGUUCAAGAUUGAGCCAGAACCUUUGGCCCAAACUGAAGUGGAAGCGACCAGAACGCAGGAGAACUGAGUUGUCCGAAGCUCUAUUUCUUGGUUGGAAAGGGGUCAGUGAGGACUUGAUGACUGGCUGUGUGAAGAGUCAACCAAAAAUGCCGUUGAUCCUCCAGCGGGGGGGGGGGGGGAAGAGUCUAACGCCUCUUGUCUCUCGAGCUCGUCCAUGUAGCUCUAAACUUUUAACUCACCGUCUGUAAUUACUUGACUGACUGAUAGCAUUUUUGCCAAGAAUUUCCCCUUUUGUAUUUGUAUUCAAAGGAAAAAAAAUCGAUUCCCAUUAUUUUUUUACAUAAGAUAUUUAUAUUUUUUAACAAAAACAAGUCUAUAAUGGGUAUUUGCUUUUUAAGCCAUUUGAACAUUUGUGAACAGCAGAGAGAAUUUAAAACGACAUUGUGCUCAAGUUGCCAUGAGGAGGCGGAGUAAAAGCACACUCGGCAUCGGCAAGCUGCUGAUGUUGCUCGUUCACUUUAGUUGCACUUUCAUUGUACAUUUCUGUGGUUGAGAAGCAGCAGCAACAGCAGCAGAAUGACAUUUUCACUCGGAGAAAUGAACCACCACUGGUUUGUUUGUGUCAAGCCGCUGACAUCAGUGAUGUCCUGUAUUGUAACGCAUGAAGAAGACGGCUGUAUUUUGGGAUUCUCAGAAUCGGCUUCUUUGCUUUACAUUUUCUUUUUACUAGUCAGAAUGUUAGUGAUUUCUAAGCUUUGUAUAGAUUUCUUAUAUCCAUUGGUACAUUUUGGAAAAAAUUGUCUUCAUCCGUUUUUCUUUCGGUGCUUUCUUUCAGAAGCACAUUGCCUGUGUGGCCCUGAAAUAUAUUUCAUUUUAAAAGUA